AUGCGACUCGUCGAUUACUUUGUCGAAGUUGUUGCCGACGCAGUAGCGCAGCAGCACAAGUGCGAGCACGAUGGACGUCGACUCGAGACGCGACUGCCUGUGACUGAUUACGAGGACUUUGCUCUGCCUGAAGGGGUGCCACUCUUUUGCAUUCCCGAGAGCAAGAUGGUGGCAAAGAUGGCAGCAUAUGAGCGUAAACCCACGUUCUUCUCGUUCGUGCUAACUGGAGGCGAUGGCGUUCGUGCAUAUGGCUUUGCACUGCACUAUUUUGAACAACAUGGAAGAGCAUCUGUUGGUGAGGCAGAUUUGGAAUGGAGGCCCCGCGUACUGUGCUUGAUUUCGCAUCACCCCUUCUUUUCGCUUUUCAAGGAGAUUGUCAGCUGGAUGUAUCGAUGCCGACAUCAUAGAACGGAAGAUUCGGUAGUGCAAACAAAGAUUGUUCGUGCGUGUGAAGAGUACAGCUGGCUUCUUCCACCGCGAUACGUACAGUACGCAACCUUGUCACAGCACUCCUGCAGCAGCAAUAGCAGAGAGGCUUUUGUCCAAAACCUAGAUGUAAGGUUUGGCUGGAAAGGUGGUCAGUACAACGACACGUCUGCGAUUCGUGAAAAGCAGUAUCGUGCUCUCCCGAAGCUUUUGCAAUACACGAGUGACUCCCUUAAGGGCAAGACAUUACAUGUCAGGGUUCAUAAGCAGGACUUAGUUUGCUACCAUGUGCAGCGAGGGAACGCUGUGCACUUGGACGACUACUGUUUUCAGAUGCUGUUUCAGUGCUUGAGUCUCAAGAACGUCAUUUACAUUGUCAACUGUUUGCUUCUUGAACAGCGCGUACUGGUUCAUUCCAGUUUUCAGGGCCUUCUUACACCGAUCUGCGAGGCGCUGUGUGCCUUGCUGUUUCCGUUUUGCUGGAAACAUGUGUAUAUCCCAUUUCUGCCUGUGAAGCUGAUCGAAUAUCUGCAGGCACCUGUACCGUACUUUAUCGGACUACAUACCAGCUCAUUAGCUACUCAGGUGGGGGCAGAAAUGUUCGCAUCGUGUGUCGUCGUACACUUGGACAAAGAUAAAGUCGUAUCUCCGAUUUCCUCCCGAGUCGAAGAUUCGUUUGUAGAAUGGGUCCUACCCCGAUUACCCGCAACUGAAGUAGCGGCCGUCCUGGAUUUGCUUGAAAAUGUCGUCCCAAGUCCUAUCGGACACAUCUCUCCUCACUUGCAUCCCACUCCAGAGUGUCACCGAUCUGCUUCCGACGCAGUCAACGAGGUCGAAUUGACAUUUGGUGAGGGACCGCUUGGGAUCACGUUCGAGUCGACGCAUCUUCGUCUUCUAGCGGCCAGUAACUUUGAUUCCAAGCGCCAGCUGGGUGGGUCUGCAGUCGUGAAGUCGCUGCCCAGGCUGCUGAAUGGACUUGCAGGUCCAGCAGAAAAUUCGGGGCUGGUAUCCGCUGGGAGUUAUCUGAUCGGGAUCAAUGGUCAUUCCACGCUGGACCUGACGUUUGAGGAGACUAUCAAUUACUUGCAAUGUGCAAGCCGUCCAAUCCGCUUGCGGUUCUUAAAUGCGGCACUUCCAUACAAGAACGCUUGCAGUUUCGCUGACCGACUGCAAGCUUUGUCGCCGGUGUCAGCUAUGCAGACCACGUCGGAGAAUUACUCGCUAUCGUGGGUGGAUAAGCUUCGUGGAGUCUUUGCUGCUAUGUUUGCGAGCAUAUGUCGUGACUAUCAACGCUUUGUUAACAGUCACGGUCAGGAACCCGAUACUUUCAUCGAUGACAGACAGCACGCGCUUCCGACAGGUGAAGACUACGAUCGCAUACGACGCUGUUCUUCAGCGCCUUCUUCGUUUACGCAGUUUGACCACAAGUCAUUUUGUGACGCGGUGCCCUCGAAUCGGAGAUUCCUGCUCGAGUUCACUCAGACACAAUGUUUCGCUAAUUUUUUGAACGAGAGCAUUUUCGACAUGCAAGCGAUAGCUGGAUCCACUUCGUACGCGUUUUUUCACGAGUGUAUACAUCUCAUUCGCGAGUCCAGCAAUGCGAGGGAAGCUAUCGUGCUUUUGUUUGGGCGGGAUGGUUCACCAACAGAGACAGCAGUGAUCGAUUUGUCUUAG